ACUAGUUUGCCACUCAUUUCGUAAACGUGCCGCCUGUUGAACGCACCGCAAUCGAGGGAACGCGCAACGCACGCGCACCCAUUCUCGUAAUAAUAAAAAUCGCAUAUGACAUUUCAAAAUCAGUUGUGAUAAUGUGCGGUUGAGAUACUCAAAUAUCGAAUAAACUGAAUCCUUAAAGUUGAAAAAAGCAAACGAUCAUGGUCAUGGAGAUGUCCAAGACGUAUCAGUACCGCAAGGUGAUGAAGCCGCUGCUGGAGCGCAAGCGCCGGGCCAGGAUCAACAAGUGCCUGGACGAUCUCAAGGACCUGAUGGUGGAGUGCCUGCAGCAGGAGGGCGAGCACGUCACACGGCUGGAGAAGGCCGAUAUUCUCGAGCUGACAGUGGAUCAUAUGCGAAAGUUGAAGCAGCGCGGAGGACUUUCGCUUCAGGGUGUCGGGUCCGGCGGUGGUAAUAGCCCACCCCCCGCAACGAGCACGGCACACGUGGAGUCGUUUCGCUCCGGCUACGUCCACGCAGCCGAUCAGAUUACGCAGGUCCUGUUGCAAACGCAGCAAACCGAUGAGAUUGGCCGCAAGAUUAUGAAAUUCCUAUCGACGCGACUGAUUGAGUUGCAGACUCAAUUACUGCAACACCAGCAACACCAGAGCCCACAGCAUCCGCAAUCCCUUGGCCGACUAGCCUUCCCGCUUCUGGGUGGUUAUGGGCAGGCGGCUGCCGCUGCCGCCGCCGGCUACAACGCAUUUCUGGCCGGCAAGGACGAGCUAAUUGACGUGACCUCCGUCGACGGAGCGGCGAUGUCGGAGACGGCGUCGGUCAGCUCUCACGAGUCCGGCGCCUCGGAGCCCGUCUGGAGGCCCUGGUAAUUGGGCGUGACUGCGAAAUCAGUCCUGCAUCCUAUCUAGAUUUUAUCCUUAGCAUUAGCAAUCGAAACCCAAAAAGUGGCUAUUAAUCGUUCAGCAACAAAAUCCGUUGUCUUCCAAAGUAAAUCAUUUGAAACAAAGAAACCCGGAGCCGACCCCCAAAUCGGUUUCGAAUUGUUUUUGAAAUACUUUUCUAGUAUUAGUCUUGAUAAACAUAAUUUGUAAAUUGAUUGUUUAUUUUCAACUGUGAUAUAACUACGAUGAUCAAUCAAUCAGUGGAGCUUUUUAAGAGGGCGCUAACAUCCUAUUCCUGAUUAUCUCGAUGCGCUCCUUUCUUUGUAUAGAUAAGCUUUAAAUAAUUUAUAAAUGUUAACUUAUGGUUAAUUGAAAAAGAAAAUGAUAAAGAAAUAGAAUACCCAAA